AUGUAACAAUAUAAAGUUAUUAACGAAUAACCGGUUCCUGAACAUCUCUUUUUUUGGAAAUACUCUGAUUAUAAGGCGAGAUCUCAGACUCCGAGUAGAUCUAAGUCUCCUUUAAGGAAAUAAAAAUAAUAACAAGUCAAAUCUACAUUGCAAAGGUUGGAGGAGGAAGAGUGGGCUGAGUGCACAUUUAAACCAUAACUCUUUUCGAAACGAUGUUUUCAAUAUAAUGAAGGUGAUUUCUUACAGCGAUGUCAAUAGUAUGAAGAGUAGAAAUAAGUAAAAUUGCAAAAAUUGCGGAUGUUUGAUGUGGAAAAUGAAUUGAAGGAAUGCACUUUUCAGCCGAAGAUCAGUUAGUAUGUUAGGAAUGCCAACACUAUUAAUUUGAAUGAGACUAAUAAGAAAUAGGUUCUUGACAAUUAUUUGGGAUAACCAAAACAAUCUUAUGCGAAAUAAAUGUACAAGUACUCAGAUGCUUUGAAUUUAUUGCAUAAAGAACUUCAUGGAUGA